AGCGCGGGCUUUCAGCUCAAAUCAUCCCUCCGCGGUGAGAGUCGUGAGUGUUUGCGUCCUCCUCCAUCUCCUGUGCUAACUAAGAACACACAAAGACCGAAGUAUCUCCCUCCUGUGCGGCGAUAACUUCAAACUACAGCCUGCAAUUAUUCUACGGACGUCAGACGCUCAGGGCGACGCACUUCUCUUCCUUUACGUAAAAAAAGAAAACACUCUACAGCAACCAUGUUUGAGGCUCGCCUGGUGCAGGGAUCCAUCCUGAAGAAGGUCCUGGAGGCUCUGAAGGACCUGAUCACAGAAGCCUGCUGGGACGUCAGCUCGUCCGGUAUCUCCCUGCAGAGCAUGGACUCGUCCCACGUCUCCCUGGUGCAGCUCACCCUGAGGCACGACGGCUUCGACUCGUACCGCUGCGACAGAAACCUCGCCAUGGGAGUCAACCUCAUCAGUAUGUCCAAGAUCCUGAAGUGUGCAGGAAAUGAGGACAUCAUCACGCUCAGAGCAGAAGACAACGCAGACACACUCGCCCUCGUGUUCGAGACCCUCAACCAGGAGAAAGUCUCAGAUUACGAGAUGAAGCUCAUGGACCUGGAUGUGGAGCAGCUCGGUAUUCCCGAGCAAGAGUACAGCUGCGUGGUGAAGAUGCCCUCUGGCGAGUUCGCCCGCAUCUGCCGUGACCUGUCCCAGAUCGGCGACGCCGUCAUGAUCUCCUGCGCCAAGGACGGAGUCAAGUUCUCCUCCUCGGGAGAGCUGGGCACAGGAAACGUCAAGCUGUCCCAGACCAGCAACGUCGACAAAGAGGAUGAGGCUGUUACAAUUGAGAUGAAUGAGCCCGUCCAGCUCAUCUUUGCCCUCAACUACCUGAACUUCUUCACCAAGGCCACUCCCCUGUCAAAGACCGUCACCCUCAGUAUGUCUGCUGACAUCCCCCUCGUGGUGGAGUACAAGAUCGCCGAUAUGGGACACGUCAAAUACUACUUGGCGCCGAAGAUCGACGAGGAGGCUUCCUAAGCAGCUCGUAACAGACCAAAAGGGGAGAAUAGAGAAAAGUGGAUGACUUCGACUCAUCCUGAGUGAUAAAAGGACUGAAGUGAUCUCGGGGUGGCACAGUUGAUGUUUUUGAUCUCUCCCUUUAUAUAACGAGAGAUUCAUAGUAGAAGACGUAGUGUCUUACUUUUACAAGCGAGCCAGCUGUCGGGGGUUUGACAGGUACCAUCUGUUCAUGUGAUGAAGCUUCACCUGGACCUGCUCCAGACGCCCCCACCUCCUCCUCCCCCCACUGUAAAUUUCAGCACUUGUUCACUCUACCUUUUGAGUCUCUCCCUCUAUUUUUUUACCAGUUUUGGGUAAGGCAGGAUUCAAGGAUCAAACACAAGUUUAUUUUCUUUUUUUUUUUUUUUUUUUUUUGUAGAUAACGCAUUUUGUAAAUACUUCUGUGGUUCCGCACUCAGUCAACCCCAAAUGUUUUUGUAUUCAUUAAUUCAAUCCAAAAAUAAAUGAUUCAAGUUC